UUGACUUUUCCUCCACCCUGCCUCCUAGGGCUCCUCUCCUCUGUCCUUGGGCUCUGGUCUCCUGCUCCCUCGGCUUCCAGAGCCCCUUCCUUAUGGCAGGAGCUUUCCGCGUCUCCGGCGUAGCUUCUCCGCGGACGACCCUCUCGCUGCCGGAGCUGAGCCGGGUCACUGGAUGUUGCUGAAACUCUCGAGAUCAUGCGCGGGUUUGGCUGCUGCUUCGCCGUUAGGUGCCACUGCCACCGCCGCUGCUUCUGCUGCCGCCGUCCGCGGGAUGCUCAGUAGCCCGCUGUCGGGCCCCCGCGAUAGUGUGUUCUUCGGAAGCCGUUUGCUGCUGCAGAGUUGCGCGAACUAGUCAUGGUGCUGUGGGAGUCCCCGCGGCAGUGCAGCAGCUGGACACUUUGCGAGGGCUUUUGCUGGCUGCUGCUGCUGCCCAUCAUGCUACUCAUCGUAGCACGCCCUGUGAAGCUUGCGGCUUUCCCUACCUCCUUAAGUGACUGCCAAACACCUACCGGCUGGAACUGCUCUGGUUAUGAUGACAGAGAAAAUGAUCUCUUCCUCUGUGACACCAACACCUGUAAAUUUGAUGGGGAAUGUUUAAGAAUUGGAGACACUGUGACUUGCGUCUGUCAGUUCAAGUGCAACAAUGACUACGUGCCUGUGUGUGGCUCCAAUGGGGAGAGCUACCAGAAUGAGUGUUACCUGCGGCAGGCCGCCUGCAAACAGCAGAGUGAGAUACUUGUGGUGUCUGAAGGAUCAUGUGCCACAGAUGCAGGAUCCGGAUCUGGAGAUGGAGUCCAUGAAGGCUCAGGAGAAACCAGUCAGAAGGAGACAUCCACCUGUGAUAUUUGCCAGUUCGGUGCAGAAUGUGACGAAGAUGCCGAAGACGUCUGGUGUGUGUGCAACAUUGAUUGUUCUCAAACCAACUUCAAUCCCCUCUGUGCUUCUGAUGGGAAAUCUUAUGAUAAUGCGUGUCAAAUCAAAGAAGCGUCGUGUCAGAAACAGGAGAAAAUUGAAGUCAUGUCGUUGGGUCGAUGUCAAGAUAACACAACUACAACUACUAAAUCUGAAGAUGGACAUUAUGCAAGAACAGAUUAUGCAGAGAAUGCUAACAAAUUGGAAGAAAGUGCCAGAGAACACCACAUACCUUGUCCAGAACAUUACAACGGCUUCUGCAUGCACGGCAAGUGCGAGCAUUCUAUCAAUAUGCAGGAGCCAUCUUGCAGGUGUGAUGCUGGUUAUACUGGACAACACUGUGAAAAAAAGGACUACAGUGUACUGUAUGUUGUGCCCGGCCCUGUACGAUUUCAAUACGUCUUAAUUGCAGCCGUGAUUGGAACGAUUCAGAUUGCUGUCAUCUGUGUGGUGGUCCUCUGCAUCACAAGGAAAUGCCCCAGAAGCAACAGAAUUCACAGACAGAAGCAAAAUACAGGACACUACAGUUCAGACAACACAACAAGAGCAUCCACGAGGUUAAUCUGAGGGAGCAUGUUGCACAGUGGCCGAACUACCGAAAGCUUGGACUACACAAUACAGUAUUAUAGACAAAAGAAUAAGACAAGAGAUCUACACAUGUUGCCUUGCAUUUGUGGUAAUCUACACCAAUGAAAACAUGUACUACAGCUAUAUUUGAUUAUGUAUGGAUAUAUUUGAAAUAGUAUACAUUGUCUUGAUG